UGCGCUCCAUUUUCUCCUCCUUGUUACCAUGAAGAGACAAAACGCCAGGACGCUCGCGCUCAUCAUCAGCAUCCUCACCUACCUGGUGGUGGGAGCGGCCGUCUUCGAGACCCUGGAGUCGAAACAGGAGAAAAGUCACAAGAGGAAGCUCGACGCCAGAAAGUACGAACUCAUGCGCAAAUAUAACUUGACCAAAGCGAACUUCGAGGAGCUGGAGCACGUCGUCCUGCAGCUCAAACCGCACAAAGCUGGAGUCCAGUGGAAAUUCUCUGGGUCCUUCUACUUCGCCAUCACUGUGAUCACGACAAUAGGUUAUGGCCAUGCAGCACCCAGCACCGACUCAGGGAAAGUGUUCUGCAUGUUCUACGCCUUGCUGGGCAUCCCGCUCACCUUGGUCAUGUUCCAGAGUUUAGGUGAGCGGAUCAACACGUUCGUCAGAUACCUGCUGCACCAAGCCAAGAAGUGCCUGGGGAUGCGUCAGACUGAGGUCUCCAUGGCAAACAUGGUGACGGUGGGUUUCUUCUCUUGCAUGAGCACCCUGUGCGUGGGGGCUGUGGCAUUCUCCCACUGCGAAGGAUGGAGCUUCCUACACGCCUUCUACUACUGCUUUAUUACACUCACCACCAUUGGCUUUGGAGAUUAUGUGGCUCUGCAAAAGGAUGAUGCCCUGCAGAAUGACCCCCGGUAUGUUGCUUUUUGCUUUGUUUAUAUCCUCAUGGGCCUGACGGUGAUCGGAGCGUUCCUCAACCUGGUUGUGCUUCGCUUCCUGACCAUGAACACUGAGGAUGAGCGGCGGGAUGCCAAGCAGAAGGCCUUGCUGUCUGUCGGUAAGCCUAGAGGAGAGGUGGCUCAUCUAUUACCGCUCUCAACCUCAACUUCCAUCACACCUGUAGCAGAUGACUCCAUGAAGGCUAAAAAUUUAAAAGGUGCCUACACUGAGGUGCUGCAUUUCCAAACUAUAUGUUCAUGCUUGUGGUACAGGAGCAAGGAGAAACUGCAGGGCUCCAUACCUACCAUGAUCCCUCAGGAGCUGACAUUCUCUGAUGCCUACAUGCAGCAGAACAGUAACUGUCCUCACUACGUGGAGCCUGGAUCAACAGGCUGCGUUUGCAGUCCACGUCAGUGCACGAGCAUUAGCUCCAUAACAACAGGCCUACACAUUCUCUCUCCGUUCAGGGUGUUUAAGAGACGCAGCUCCGUCUAAGUCUUUUGCUACAAUAGCUCUCAGUGCAGCCAAUCCGACACUGCCAAGAGGACAACAGCAAAGACAUGGCUGCAAGUAGAUAUUUGUGGUGCUAUAAUCCCAUUAUUCCAACAGUAGAAUGCGCAAAAGGAAAAAGCACAUACAGCACUGUAAACAACAAAGUCUUUCUCAAAUAUUUAAUUGAGAAAGAACAGACUGGUAUGUUUUUAUUUUAGGCUCCCUUUGUGCUUAGAGAAGUCAGGGUGGUACGAUGUCAUGUGGGUCACUGCAUAUGAAUACUCUGCAGUGUAUAUGGUGGACAGUGUACACAAUUUGGAGGUAAAAAAAAAAAUAAAACAGAGCAGGUGCUGAGCAGGUGGAGUCUCCUGAGCAAUGACACGGUAAAGUGAAAAGAUGAAACAAGGGAGUACAGAGCUGUACUUCCAGUUUUGUCCCUGCAUCAUGAAUAUGUCUUUAUUUUAUUUUAUUUUUAUUUUAUGUUUUUUUUUUUUCAUCCCAGUUGUUGUAACUGGCCUCUUCAUGUUGUCUUCGAAACUCAUAUAAACAAGUCAUGAUUGUGGGAGCUGCAGUUGAGCUGACGCAUACCAAUAACUUCAUAUGACUCACAUGUGUAGCUGUCCUUGUUAUUGUUACUUCAAGUCCUCUCUGACAAAAUUACCGGUGCCUCAGUCAAAAACAUUAUGUAACGUGACAAGUGGAUACUUAAAACGAAAAGAAAGCAAACUGUAAAACUAUAUAAGCAAAUAAACACAAGUCAACACUCACCAGCACUGAGAAAAGCACAAUUAACUGGGUCUGUGGUGCAACACUUAAAGCACUGCUAUAAAUAAAUAAAUAAAAUACAUAAAAGACAGCUUCAAACUCAACAUGAUGAGCUUCACAAACUUUAUAUUUACUACACCGAUGAUGUCAGGUGUUUUUCUGUUACUUUGUCCACUUAUUUGGUUGGCGAUGACUAACUCUCUGUUUAUGCACUACUGAAUCCAGAAGUCAGAGCAGAUACAGGUCUACUCCUGCGGUUUCCAAAAAGAGCUGGUUUACACAAUCCUACCUAGUUCUGUGUGUGGCACAGUUACUGCACUAUUAAACAAAAGUUCAGCUAAUACUGUGAUGCCAAAAUUUAUAUGAGCAUAUCAGCUCUUAUGUCUGCAACUUUAUCAUGAAAUGUAGCUUGCAUGUGAUUUUUAGGCAGCUCAUUGGCUUUGUUGAUACUUAGAUUAAAAUAUAAAUAAAUCCCAAUCAGCAAUAGAAACAACCAGUGCAAGUGUGUCAAAAGUUUAAAGAACCUCCCGACAAACACCUUUUUGAAGUGAAAGAUUAUUUACACCAGACCAAGAAAUAACCAUUACACUGGUUACAUCACUUCGCGUGUGAUUGUUUUACAAAUAAAAUAAACAACAUAUAAUAUGUCAACUGUUGGGCUUUAGAAACUGCAUUAGGUCGACUUUGUUAUUUUUGGAUAGUCAGGCUUCUCUCUGACUCUCAUGCUAAGCUAAGGACCAAUUUUUUCAUUGCCCUUUCACUUUUUUUCUUUGCUCUCAUUUGUAAGUGGUUUGGGUUUGGAGUUGGGAAUCCAUAGUUAACACCACAGUAAUAUGCAAUGCCUAAGGUUUAUAUGUUUUAUUAUUUAGGUCACAGUUGCUAUCAUGCCACAUGGAAACUGGCAUACUCAACAACCUUUUUACUGUUAUGACAUUUGGAGCAACAAACCCUUCCUCAGGCUGUUAGUUUCUAUAAUGUGACAACAUACAUUGAUAUGUCAAACCUUAGAUUUAUAGCAUGAAAUCUUAUCCCUUCUGUUGUCUUCGGGUCAGAAAUUACCCAGAAGUGUGUUUAACUGCAGAGAAAACACCUUUAAUGUUGCUUCUUGAACUAAAAAUUUAGUGAUUUUGCAUAAAGGGACUUUAGAAAAAGGGAAACAUUGCCUUAAUUUAUAUUUUCAUGGAAAUUGUACACUUCUUGAGUACAAAGAUUGUCUUCGGAUAAUUCUGUGUAGUUGAAGUUAGUCACGGAAUCGACUUCAGACUAAAAACAACAAAAUUAAAAACCCAUACACACAGAGACAUAUGGACACAUAUGCACACACACCCACUCAUGCACGUGCACAUGUGCACACACAAACACACACUGUUGAUUGAUCUUAGACAGAAGUAAAAGUUUCUUGUGCAGGUGUACUAUCACCUUUCUACAACCUCAUACACAACUUUCCGAAAUCAAAAACAACCAUUAAGGUAUUGUUUAGUAACCCGUCUGCAUCCAGUCUCUAAUCUGCUGCAGAAGACAGAAGCUUUCUGACAGAAUAUGUCCAGCAAGCAGCAAAAUAUGAAAUAUUUCACAAGAUCUUGGUGGUCUUUGUUAUACAAUCCUGUAGUGGAUACAUGGGAAAACCAACCGGUGGAGGUCCAGAGAAGAACCAAGGGAUGCAGUCUGUGCAUCCCUUGCAGGGAAGAUGGCAAUGGCUGGCACAUUUAGAAAGAACAAGCCUGAGCUACCACUGAUGCUGCUUGCACUGAGAGGGAACCCUCUCAGAAAAACAGAUGUCUGAUUUCAGAGAAGAGAGCAUCUCUCCCGCAGCUUCAUUGGAAGUGUCUUCACAAAAAUGAAUGCAAAACUACUUUUUGUGCAUUUGUGAUAAGUUUUUUGCUGCUUGCAGGAAUGAUCAAUCCUGGUCCUCAAGGUCCACUGUCCUGCAGGGUUUUAGAUGUUUCCUGCUGCAGUUUUCAACAUCUAAAACUUAGAGAACAGUGAGUCUCCAGGACCAGGGUCGGGGAUCCCUUGUUUACUACUUUUGUUUACUACUAAUUAGAAAAAUAAAUCUACUUCAGCAAAGAAAACACAUACAACAGCUGUUUUGAAAAUAAAACAAACAAACAAAACAAACAAACAAAGCAAAACAAAAAAACAAGAGGUAUGACAUUACAUCUCUGCAAAUACUGUGAGGAGGGUGCCCACUGAAUGAAUGCAUGAAAACUCUGAUAUUCAAUCCAUUUCUGAUGAAUUAUAAGUUGUUCCUUCCUGCAAAAUAGAUUUAGUAUUUAAGAUAAAAUUAAACUGAUUUAUUUUAGAUUAUUAGUAAGAGGCGUGUCAUUUUUUACCCAGAAGACAAAAGGUGCAUACAGAAUACAGACAGCAGGAGGGGUUGUAACCAAAGCAAAUCCAAAGUUCAAAAUUUAGUAUCAAGAGCCCUUAUAGAGUGUGUAAACCCAAAUAAUCAGAAAAGUACUUCAGAAAAAUCCCCUUUGUAGUUUGUACUCUAUGAAAGAUUUUGAUUGUAAAAACGUUAGAGAUAAUAAUCAGAGCAGGCAGUCUGUAGGACUAUCUUGAUGUUAGAAUGUGUGACACAAAUCUCAUGUUAUGUGUUUCAUUAUGUUGCUGAAUAUUUCUUAGUUUCACUUAUAUCACAUGUCAUAAAUGGUUGUUAGAACUUGAGAUGAUGGACAGAACGUAGAGAUUAACAGCCGGAUGAAGGGACUAUUGCUCAAAACAUCACAAUUAAUACAUUUUCAUGUGUGCGCAUUGAUCCAUUAUUUUCCUAGUUUGAUUAUUUAUUUAAUCUAGUACACAUUCCAGUGGAUUAUAGGAUUAACAGGUCUUCCUCUCUGAUGCAACUGUGGCUUAUAACAUUAGUAAGACAAAUAAACUGAUUACAUGUUUUGUGACUAGGCUGGGCUAAUUUCUAACCUGGUUAAUGAAGAAAUUCCUUAGGAUUAGAGUCUUAGAUGGAUCAUGGUCACGAUUAAUAUCCAUCAAAGCGCUACUUUUUGAUUGUGUUUUUUUUUUUUUGUUUUGUUUUGUUUAGUUUUUUUUAAUCACACAACUCUGAGGCUACUAAGAACUGUCUGACUAACCAAACAAAACAUCAGCUCCUCAGAUAUGAAGCACACAAAGCUGUGUGACUCACAUCUGGAUCAAACAUGCAAACUAUUCUAGUAGCAGAGUGACAGACUAGAAGGGGGGGAGGGGGGGCAGGGUUGCCAUGUUGGUACAAUGGAUAAUAAACUGGUUGUCAAUCACAGAUAAUCAUUAUAAACUAAGUCUGAGUGAUUGAUGGAAAAAAGCAAAAAUCCAUUUUCAGUUCUUGUUGCAUGCAGGUCUGACUGUGGUUGGGUGCUUUGUGUUUUAUUUUUCUCACAUUUAGUUUAUUCCUGCAGCUACAACAGAGUUUUAAUCUUUGCCAAUGGUUAUUUUAUUUAUAACUCAGUUUCUUACUCCUUUUUUUAAAAAUUAAAACAAAGAUAUUUUGACUGAGUCAUUGAGCAGUUAAAUAACUGUGCAGCUAAAAAAAAGUAAGGCUGAAACAAUACUUGUUUUGUAUCAUUAAUUUAUAUACAAAACCAGUUGUUUCUUUUUAAACAGUCAAUAACAAAACGAUGUAAAAUUUCUAUGGAUUAUAAGACAAAUUAAAUCUAUCAGGAAAUACCUGGAAAGCAGUGACUAUAAAGAUUAAUUGUUUAUCAGAAUUGUGCCUCAAUCAGCAAACUGAAUUGUCCUUUUGUUUUACAAAAAAUUCAUAUUUUCUUCACCAGAGGAGAUAUUUUCUUUCCAACAGCAAUGAGUUGUUUACCUGCUUUCUCUGAUUGUUAGGAGCCAAUCUGGGGAGUGUAGGAAAUCACCCUCUGAAGCUACGAGGGAGCUCUAGUAAAUGAGCAGCAAUAUUUUUAUUCCACUAUCCAGAAAUAAACUGAUCAUCACAAACAGAUGAUCUUAACAUGUGUCUGUGGGUGGAUUUUUUUUUUUUUUUUACUUUUUGGCAUUUAUUUUUUGCUUCGUGGGUGAAAUCCUGCUCAUGUAACACAUAAAAACAGGUGCAAACAUUACAUGCAAAUAUUUGCCUGGUGUCUCGGAAACUGCUCUCAUGUAGAAAAAUGGAGCUGUUUUGCUGGAUGGAAGAAAUAAAACAUUUUGGCUGAGCAGUGGUCUAUUGUACAUGUUAUCUGAGAAUUGUUAGCUAUAAAUAAGGACUACGUCAUGUUGCACCAACAUCUUUCUCCAAUCGCAUGCAUGUAAUGGACUAUCUAAUAGAUGACAACAAUUGUACUCGACACUCAAAAAUUACUUGAAAAUUUCUUGCCACGAGAUGCAGUUGAGACUAUGAAUUUAUCUUAAAACCUACACAUCACAUCUGUGAAUAACAUUGUAUUGUUUAUGAUGAAAAAUAUUAUUAUUUUAUCCAAUAAAUGACUGUUUUUGA